UGGCUAAAGGAGGGUCUUAGUUCUCACUGACUGACAUUGCCUGUUCCUCUGCCCUAUGUCCUCUCUGUUCUCCAGCAUGGUGUGUCUGUGUGUCCUUGGAGGCACCUGGAUGACAACUCUGAUGUUGACAUUGAUGCUGCUGGGCCCUCCCCUGGCUUCGGGAAGGGACACCGCAGGUAAGUACACUCCUUGGGUGGUGAGCUACUGUGGAGUGGGGGGAAGAAAGAAGUUUUGCCCCUGUUGUGUGUAUUCUGACCUUCUGGAGAUGAUUGUGGAGCCACUGGAGCCCACCGUGACCGUGUACCCCGCGAAGACCCAGCCCCUGCAGCACCACAACCUCCUGGUCUGCUCUGUGACUGGCUUCUAUCCGGGCCACAUCGAGGUCAAGUGGUUCCGGAACGGCCAGCAGGAGGAGGCUGGGGUUGUGUCCACAGGCCUGAUCCGUAACGGAGACUGGACCUUCCAGACCCUGGUGAUGCUGGAGACGGUUCCUCAGAGUGGAGAGGUCUACACCUGCCACGUGGAGCAUCCGAGUCGCACGAGCCCUGUCACCGUGGAGUGGCGGGCUCAGUCAGACUCUGCACAGAGCAAGAUGCUGAGUGGAAUCGGGGGCUUUGUCCUGGGUCUGCUCUUCCUGGCAGUGGGGCUGUUCAUCUACUUCCGGAAUCAGAAAGGCCACUCUGGACUUCAGCCAACAGGACUCCUGAGCUGAGGGGGAGAUGCUGACACUCCAGGAAGAACCUUCUUUUCAAGCUUCUUUGCAUAGUGAAAAAGUUUCCUGCUUGGCCAUUGCUCUUCCACAAACACAGUGCUUUCUCAGGACCUGGUUUGUCCUGGGCUCAGUGACCCUGCAGAAUCCAUGCUCCCUGCAGGCUCCCUCCACCCCAUCCUUGACCUGGAAGCCCCAGUACUGACUGCAGUGCCUUGUCUUCAUUCUUCCCGGCCCCUGUGAACGCUGCCCUCACAGCCUCCCCUGCAUCAGAACUCACCUUCUGCUCAUGUGUCUUUAUAAGCUUUUCUCAAAUAAACAUGGAGUGACAAUCA